AUGCGGCUCAAGGCAAUAGUACUCGCCACCACGCUGACAGCAUGUCUGCAGCAUUACGCGUUGGCAGCGCCAUCAACAACUGUAGACUUGACGUUGGUCACACCUUGGUGUGCUCCUAAUCUUGCCGUAGAGCUAGUAGAAACAGCAUCCAACGGCAACAACACACUCUUUUUUGAUUUCGUUGACAAAAUUACUGCUAAGGCAACAGCAGCCGAUUCAAAGUCAUCCGACGAAAACACGGCUCAACAAAUUUACAAUGACGCGCUCGCCAUCAUUGAACCGUACCUGACGCGACCUGAUUUAGCCAAAAUGGCACUCGCGAUACAUGCUGCUGCACCGCGUAUUGAGGCCUACCACCAAUACUAUCGUGAAAAUGUGCAUGUCAGUGACGUACCAUUGCCAUGCCAACAAAAGGGUGUGUGGGCCGAUAUAGGAGGAUCACAAGAACAACAAGCUAUUGUAUGCAGUCCCGACAACCUCAAAUUUGACAACACGCAUUAUUACAAGCCGGACCUUUUACCCUUUGAUCAUGUACUGCUUCAACAAGGAGUGCCUAUGGACCAUGCAGUCGUGCUGUAUACAGUGGAUUUUUCAUCCGAUACCUUUAAACUGUUUCAUCAGGCGUUGACGCGAGCUGUACAAGAACGGCCUGGUUUCGCGUACAUUGUUCGUUACAUGCCGCCGCCUAAUGCUGCCGACAGCAAGAAAUGUGAUUAUCAGUUGGCCUUGACAGGUUAUGGCGUGGAAAUGGCAUUGAAAAAGACGGAUUAUUUGGUGAUUGAUGACCGGAACAAUGACGCGUCCUCCACGCAAGCCUCGGUGAAAGGCAAACUGGCCAGUUUUGGAAAGAAGAUCAGUCAAACGUUGUUUGAGGACGAUAACGCUACACCUUCCAAGGUUGAGCCCUUGACACAACAAGAAAUACAAGAUUUGGGUCUCAAGGCUACUCAGUUUAUCACGAAGUCCGAAAAUCCAUUAUCGACCUUGGUACAGCUAGCACAGGAUUUCCCAAUGCACGGCCGUCGCAUCAGCGAGCUUUCACUUGACGAAAAUUUGGUUCGAGAAGUUCUUGAAAAUCGACGCUCGUUUUCUGUUGACAACGCCAUGUGGCUUAAUGGUGUCGUACUAGAUGAAAACGAAGUGGAUCCAUUUUCGUUGAUUCGUGCGCUUCAGCGAGAAGAAAAGCUUAUCCAGUCAUUUGAGUCACUGGGUGUCGGAUCCCACAAGGCCAUUGAUAUCAUGACGCAUUCUUCAUUGAGUAAAAUGGAAGCGAAUAGCCAAGGUGGUGAACCUACCGAUAUCUAUGACGUGCGUUCGGAUUUGGUGCUGUGGUGGAACAAUCUGGAAAAGGAUAAACGAUACAAAAAUUGGUCCAGCAAUUUGAUGGAUAUGUUGAAACCCGUCUACCCAGGUCAACUACGAGCAAUUAAGCGCAACGUCUAUAAUGUUGUUAUGGUUGAGAACCUUGCAACUGUCGAUAGCUUGAAACGAAUUGCGGAACAAGUGGUUGAAAUGGUCAAACAUAACACACCUAUCCGUUUUGGCGUUGUUCCCAUGGUCACUGAUCAAAAAGAUUCAGCAACGGCCGUUGCAGUUGUGCUUGAUAACUUGUAUCAGACAAAAGGCAAGAAAGAAGGAUUGGCGUUCUUGACAAAGCUACUAGGAAUUUUAGAAACAUCCAAAUCCGACCGUGCCACUCUGAGUAUGGUUGAAAAGGCCUAUGGUAGCUCUUUGGCUCCUUUGCUUGAAGAGAAAAAGGACUACAUCCAACAAGUAGAAGCAUUUCUUGCUCGCCUUGGUAUUGGAUCAACUGAGCCUGUCAUGUUUUUGAACGGCAAGUUGUUUGAGCUCGAUGAACAAAAGCAAUGGACUCGCGUCUUGAUGAUGGGUCUUCAAGAGCAAACUCAAUUGGUGGCACGAGGCAUCUACUUUGGUUCUAUCGAUGAUGAUGAUAAUGUCUACGAUUAUCUUUUGUCCCAGUCAUAUGUGUCUGUGUCACGUAACCCUUAUAUCACCGUGUCAGAGGGUCAUCCCUUGCGCAUGAUGGCCUUGUCGGCCGCUCAUGAUACCUCAGAUAUAAUCUAUCUCACCGCCCCCGAAUCUUCCGAGCCGGACACGACACAAGUAGAUACCAAUGUCUGGAUUGUUGCCGAUUUGGACACUUUGCCCGGGUUGAAACUGGCAUCUGAGGCACUUUUAUUUUUGGAAAAACGUGAGAAUGUGCGCUUGGCAUUAAUCCACAAUGGUGACAGUGACCAGUCAUCCAAAGAUGCAACAAUUUCCACCGUCCUUUAUCGAGAACUGGCUUCUGGAAACAAGGACGCUAUUAAGGAACUUAUUGACAAGGCUAUCUCUUCUAGAGACCAGAUUAUAUCUAGCAAUCCUGAGCAAAUUAAAAUGUUCGCCCCUGGAUCACCUAUCGUUGAGUCAGCUGCAAAUCAUGCAGCUCAAAACCAAGCGCGUGUACUCGGAGGAUCAGAGCUGGAAAAGAAUUUCUCAGGAAUUGUCGUGAAUGGACGGAUUGUUGGUCCACUUGCAUCGGAGGAUACGUUUACCAAGGACGAUUUUAUCAGUUUGCUCCGCUACGAAACUGAGAACCGUAUUCAACCCGUCAAGGAAGCGUUCCUGGCCAGUGAAACGACAACAAGCCAACCUUUACCUGAUGUGCUCACCCGCAUCGCAUUACUUUUGGAAGAAGACAAGGCUAGUGUUCAACAAGAUAUCUUUACUGCCGGAAAACCGACGAUCCGUCAACGUCCUUACCGUGUGCGCAAGGGAGAGCAUAGCAAGAUCAGUAUAGGCGACGAAACAACAGCUUUUGCACAAAUCGGCGUGGUGCUAAAUCCACUUAGCGAAACAGCGCAAAAAUGGGCGGCCUUGUUGGAAACAUUAUCCGAAGUAGACGGCAUCUAUAUCGAGCUCCACUUUAGUCCAACAUACAAGUUGACCGAAAUUCCAAUGAAACGGUUCUAUCGCUAUGUGUUUGACCGAGAGCUCCACUUUGAUUCGACCACAGGCGACUUGGCAACCCCCAUGGCCUACUUUGCCGAUCUUCCCGUAGAUGCUCUGUAUACGCUCGGCGUCGAUACCAUCAAUGCAUGGCACGUUACAGUCAAGGACGCCAAUGUUGAUUUAGACAAUAUCCAACUGAGCGAUGCUCCUCAGGUCUCCGCUAUAUACGAGCUUGAGCGUAUCCUGAUAGAGGGCCAUUGUGUGGAUGCUGCCAAUCGAUCGCCUCCGCGCGGCUUACAGUUUGUUUUGGGCACACCUUCUACAGCAGCCAUGACGGAUACGAUUGUGAUGGCCAAUCUCGGCUAUUUCCAAUUGAAAGCACAGCCUGGUGUUUGGGACCUACGAUUGCGUGAAGGACGGUCGAGCGAGGUGUAUCACAUUGAAAGUAUCGGCACCGAAGGCAAAUGGCAGUCUGCAACGUCCGAGACGGAUGGCAAGGACGAAAUGGUGCUACGCCAACUUGCCCUCACGUCAUUCGAAGGUCUUACCGUAUUUCCUCAAGUGCGCAAAAAUCAAGGCAUGGAAGCAGAAGAUGUGUUGGCUGAAUCCAACAAAGGUGACGCCUCCUCAGAACAGGGCUUAUGGUCUUCAAUGAAAAAGAAGCUGUUUGGUAAUGAAAAUGAUGCAAACACGGCCGGUGGUGCUAUACAACCAAAGGCAAAGCAGGCAGAUAUCAACAUUUUCUCUGUCGCCUCUGGACAACUUUACGAACGAUUCAUGUCUAUCAUGAUUGCCUCUGUCAUGGAACACACCAACAGCACCGUCAAAUUCUGGUUUAUCGAGAACUUUUUGUCGCCAUCAUUCAAGGACUUUGUACCACACAUGGCUCGCGAGUACAACUUUGAUUAUGAAAUGAUUACAUACAAGUGGCCAUCAUGGCUCCGUGGUCAAAAGGAAAAGCAACGUACGAUUUGGGGCUACAAGAUUUUGUUCCUGGAUGUGUUGUUCCCACUGGAUCUCGACAAGGUUAUCUUUGUUGACGCCGAUCAAAUCGUACGCACGGAUCUUCAGGAGCUUGUUGAUUUGGAUUUGCAUGGCGCUCCAUAUGGCUAUACUCCUUUCUGUACUGAUAGAACGGAAAUGGAUGGAUUCCGCUUCUGGAAUCAAGGUUAUUGGAAAGAUCAUUUACGUGGCAGGCCUUACCACAUUAGCGCGCUCUAUGUGAUUGAUUUGGUUCAGUUCCGCAAGAUGGCUGCAGGUGAUCGAUUACGCGCCCAAUACCAACAACUAAGCGCAGAUCCAAACUCGCUUGCCAACCUUGACCAAGAUCUUCCGAACAACAUGAUACAUGCUGUGCCCAUCUACUCAUUACCACAAGAUUGGCUCUGGUGCGAAACAUGGUGUAGUGACGAAAGCCUCAAAUCUGCCAAAACCAUUGAUCUGUGCAAUAACCCAUUGACCAAGGAGCCGAAGCUCGAUCGCGCACGACGCCAAGUACCAGAAUGGGAAGCAUAUGAUGAGCAAGUGGAUGCUUUGCGGAAACGUAUCGCGGUGCUUGAACCAUCCACUUCCGACACUGACGUGAAGAAGGAACAGGAACCAAGUGUGGAGGGGAAACGGCACGUCAAGGAUGAGUUGUAA